GGAGAAAGUGGAAAAGGAAGAGGAGAAGGUGGAAAUGCUGUGUCCUCAGCAUAGCCAGAAGCUGAAGUUUUACUGUCAGACAGAAGAGAAACUCAUCUGCCUACAGUGUAAGAAGGGUGAGCACAGGGGCCCCGGCCAUCGUGUGACUUCUGUGCAAAAAGCAGCGAAGCGGCAUAAGGAAGGACUGAUCGCUAUCUCAAAGCCUUAUAGAGACAGACUGGCUGUCCUGAAGAAAGACUCGGCUGUAACAGAUCAUGUAAAGGCUGUUGUGGGAAUGUGUGAGAGGCAGAUACGGCAAGACUUUGCGAAGCUCUUCGCCUUCCUGCAAGAGGAACAGAUGGCACAACUGGAGGCUUUGCGCGACACUGAGCUAUCAGAGACCCAGUUGGCGAAGGAGGCCUUCAAGACUGACGCCACCGCCCUCUCCGAUUAUAUGCAAGAAGUAGAUGAAAUGGUGCAGACGGACGACAUCACUUUCCUGCAGGAGUGCAAGAACUUCACCGUCGCGAUGAGUCUACAGCACCAUCAAGCUAUGCCUGAUGUUGACAGACGACUUGCCAACUUGAGGUACACUGUCUGGAAGAAGAUGAAGGAAGUUGCUCCCUACUACCACGUAAUCCUUGAUUCCAAGACCCCUAUAUGUGCCAUCAAUGUGACAAAUGAAUUGAGCAUCAUGGCAGUUCCAGUCCCAGACGCUUCCCCUUCACCCUUUGCAAUUUUCAAGAGUUCCAGUGCCCUCACUGAUGAUUGUCACGUCUGGAAUGUUCACAUCAGUGACUCCUCGGACUGGGUGGUUGGCGUAACAUCAAAUAAGCUCAUCCUGAAUGUCAUUUAUUUCGACCCUUCUUGCAAUUACUGGGGCAUCCAGCGUAUCCGAGAACAAUACCUUGCCCUCACAUGUCCCCCCAGCCCUCUCAAGAUACCCUCAACCAGGCCCCUCAAGGUGCUGAGAGUCAAGCUGACUUGGGAUGUUGGCCGCCACGGACUUUCACUUGGACAUUGCGUGCGGAGGUUGACAUUCUCCGAUGCUCGGGAUGGCAGGGGAUCGGCCAUUUUCAGCAUGCUGCUGCCCCACCACACAGGGGCGCUCUACCCCUUCCUGUUCCCAUGUGGACAGGGGGCUGAGCUGAGGCUUGAGCCUGCUGAGGUGAGGGUGGAAAUGAGGGAGGUCCUGGGGUUCUGGGAGCGGUAUAGGUAUGAGGUCAUAUUUGGAUCGUUUGUUUGGCCCAUAUUUGUUAUGUUAUGCUGUAUGUUAUUUUCUGUAUUACCAUAAUGUAUGGCUGUGCAAUUAAUCAAUUUUAAAUCGUAAUCGCAAUUAUGUGAUUAUCUUGAUGUUAAAUUUGUACUAGAGCAAUUACGAUACUUAUGUUUGCAAGU